GCGGGAGUGGCGUGGUGAGUAGAAUCGGGAUUCAAACAACGAGUCGCCCUUUCCGAAUAACUUCAUUCCCACGCACUUUGGAUCGACUGUCAAGUGCGUUUGGUCGAUUAGGCUUACAAAAGGCCCGAAAAAAACUCUUUUUAAGCACGGCGAUCAGAAACCUUUACGAUCGUAUUGCUUAGAUUCUCUUCGCUCACACACAAUAAACAAAUGAGUAAUGGACCAUUCUUGGCUGCAGCAUUUGCCCGCUCGGCAUCACAUUUUCCAAAUCGACCAACCAACCAACCAACCCCGUAAAACCCAGCAUCAGGAACAAGAAUCCAAUCCCGCACUCCCGGAAAUGCCGGGAACUUUCAGCUUCAUUAUGCUGUUGGUUCCAAUUUCGAUUCAACGACGAGAACGGCUUUGUUAUCCUCUAGAAAACAUAUGUUCACUGCUUCUUCAACUUGGCUUACAGGGGUCUCUCAGUGUAAUUCAGGGUCUGGUCUCCACCCAAAAAGCCGCCCAUUGUUGAAAAAUUGCGGCCCGCUAAACCCCCCAAAGAGAUGGCGUCGAACGGCGACUCAAGCGCUGCACCGCCAGCACAAGAUUUUCCACCUCCCGAACAACCACAACAACAGUCAACACCUCAAUCACCACCAGCAGAGCCCCCGACCAUGGAGCGGCAUCGGCAGGCUGUGGCCAAGAUCGCCUCGUCGGUGGCGCGCUUCUUUGAGCGCAAGGAGCCCUACCGAAUCUUCCACGGCUCGACCAACACCACCCGUCCGCUGGAGCACAAGCGUCACGUCGACAUCUCGGCCCUAAACAAUGUCUUGUCCGUAGACGUCGCCAAGCGCCGCGCUCUCGUCGAGCCCAACGUCCCCAUGGACCGGCUCGUCGAGAGCACCCUCCGCCACGGCCUGGUUCCGCCCAUCGUCAUGGAGUUUCCCGGAAUCACGUGCGGAGGAGGCUUCGCGGGUACCGGAGGCGAAAGCUCUAGUUUCAGGCACGGCUACUUUGACGACACUGUCGAGAGUGUCGAGAUGGUCCUGGCCGAUGGAGAGGUCGUGCGCGCGUCCAGGAAUCCCGACGAGAAGCCGGAUCUGUUUCGCGCCGCCGCCGGCUCUGUCGGAACCCUGGGCAUCACCACGGCUCUCGAGCUGCGGCUGCUAAAGGCGAAAAAGUACGUGCGCACCACGUACCGCCGCACCCACAGCGUUGCCGAGGCCAUCCGCGCCGUCAAGGAGGAGAUGGCGAAGCCGGAAAAUGAUUACGUCGACGGCAUCCUCUUCAGCAAGGACCACGGCGUCAUCGUCACGGGGUCCAUGACGGACGAAAAGCCAACGGGCGAAAAGGUCCAGACCUUUAGCGGAGCCUGGGACCCGUGGUUCUACCUGCACGUUCAGGAUCGCACCAAGGCGCUGCCACCCGCGCCUGCCACCGCACCAACCCCGGCGCCCUCAUCUGUGGCUCCGCCUUCGCCAUCAGCCGUCACCGAGUACGUCCCGCUGGCCGAGUACCUCUUCCGGUACGACCGUGGAGGUUUCUGGGUUGGCCGGGCCGCUUUUGAGUAUUUUUUCAUGGUGCCCUUCACGCGCCUGACGCGCUGGUUCCUAGACGACUUUCUGCACACGCGCAUGAUGUACCGCGCCCUGCACGCCUCGGGCCAGUCGCAACGCUUCGUGGUCCAGGACUUGGCUCUGCCCUUUGAGACGGCCGAGCGCUUCGUCGACUACACGGCCGACAAAUUCAAGAUCUGGCCACUGUGGCUGUGCCCGCUGAAGCGCCGCGGCGGCCCUACCUUCCACCCCGUCACGACGCCGCCGUCCAAGAAGAACAGCGCCGUCGCGGCCGAAGCAGACCCCAUUGACGACGAGCAGAUGCUCAACAUUGGACUUUGGGGUCAAGGCCCGACCGACGCCGCGGCCUUUGUGGCGCUCAACCGUGACCUCGAGGCCAAGCUCGAGGAGCUCGGCGGGCAAAAGUGGCUGUACGCGCACACGUACUAUGCCGAGCCCGACUUUUGGCGCGCCUACGGCGGCAGGGAUUGGUACGACCAGCUGCGCAACAAGUACCGGGCCGCGGCGCUGCCAAGCGUCUACGACAAGGUCAAGGUCAAGGUGGCGACCGAGGACGACGGCGCCAAGCUCGGCUUGGUGCAGCGCGCCACGCGCAUAUGGCCGUUUGGUGGCUUCUAUGGCAUCUACAAGAGCAUCAAGAGCAGGGAUUUCUUGCUCCACCGCAAUGCGUUGUGGAAGUGGAAGGGGGAGGAGGAUACCCUCGGGGUGAAGAAGAUUGAGGCGGCUGAGGCGGAACGGUCAUGAUUUGGAAAAAGGAGGGGCCUUCCUUUCAGUCUUGUGCUGUACUUUAUUGUAUUAUUAGUUGACUGUACAUUGUGGUUUUAAAAGCAUGCAAAAGGCCAUUUGUUGAUGAGACGAUAGACUAGACUAGAUGAGAAGCCGCCUUGGUGCGUGCGUUGUUGGAUCUCGGGCUUUGUUUGGAGGACAUUGACCAACAGAGUCAUUUAGAGACUGUGGCAUGAAGAAUAAAGUGCGAUGGACAUCAUUUGGAGUUCGGUUAUUCCUCGCGGAUAUCAAAGAACCGACGAACAUCAUUAAUACUAGAACUAGUUCUAGUUCUAGGUCUAGACAUAAUUUGCCUGAAGACAGUCUUUACCUAUCUUGCCAAGUCUUGCCUACCCUGUACAAGCCAGACACC